AUGGAAGUGCGGUUCUUCAGAGAUGAGUUCCGUGCUGUGGUGCACCUGUACAGAGAGGGGAAAGACCAGCUCCAUAUGCAGAUGCCGGCCUAUCGAGGGAGGACUGAAUUACUGAAGGACUCCAUAGUGGAGGGGCGUGUCUCCUUGAGACUGAAGAAGGUCACUCUCUCAGACGCUGGUCUCUAUGGAUGCUGGUUCAGAUCCCAGAAUAAUGACCAGGAGGCCACCUGGGAGCUGCAUGUGUCAGACAGGAGAAGGAAGCAUGAAGGGGAAGAACUGAGAGAGGCCCGGAAACAUGCAGUGGAGGUGACUCUGGACCCAGAGACAGCUCACCCCCAGCUCUACAUUUCUGAUCUGAAAGCUGUGCGCUAUAGGAACAUUUCCCAGGUGGUGACCGACUCGGACAAGAGAUUUGCAAGGAAGUGUGUGGUGGCUUCUCAGGGAUUCCAGGCAGGAAAACAUUACUGGGAGGUGGAUGUGGGACACAAUGAAAUGUGGGGUGUGGGAGUGUGCCGGGAUGACGUGAACAGGAAAGUGGUGUAUGUGACUUUGUCUCCCAACUAUGGGUACUGGGUGCUCAGAAUGACAAGAGAACAAGAGUAUCUCACAUUAACACCCCGUAAAAUCAACCUUCCUCUGAGAACACCUCCUACAAAAGUUGGGGUCCUUCUAGACUAUGAGGGUGGAGCCAUCUCCUUCUUCAAUGUAGAUGAUCAGUCCCACAUUUACACCCUGACAUAUCAGUUUGAAGGGUUAUUGAGGCCCUACAUCCAGUAUUACACGAAUGAUGAGAAAAAGGCGAUUCCCAUAGAGAUCCACCCAGUGUCCCAGGAACCAGAGAAAGAAGCAACUUCAGACACACACAACUUGGCGCCUGCUCCACUAGUGACCACACCCUUCCUGCCCAAGGUGGUGGUGUUCACAGGGAAUCACACCUCACACUCUCUCUCAGGACACUGA